AUGUCUUAUGAUGAUUCUCAAAGUAUUAAUUCCGGUCUCCUUUGUGAUGUUUCUCAUAUUCCACAGCAUGAUGGAAUGAAUGAAUCUGUACCUUCAUCAUUAAAUAUGCCACCACGAAAUAGUGUAAAAUGGACAGUACGAAAUAGUAUAUCAAAUUCUAGUCUUCACCGAUAUCGAUCAAAUUUUCGUCGUAAUGGAAUGAAUAAUUCAUCGAUUAAUUCUGAAUAUUCAUCAACAUCAUCAUUUCCAUUAUUUCGUCAAUUUUAUCUGAUGCGUAGUUCAUUUAAACAAAAACGACAACGAUCAUCACUUAAAAAAGCCAAUGGUAAAUCUACUUUACUAUCUGAAAAAUUUCAUAAAGCACCUCGUAUUGAAACGAAACAUGUUAUUAUAGCAAUUUUUAUUACAAUUACAAGUGCUUUUCUUUUAAUAUUUAUGAUUUUUCUUGAUUUCGUUCACUUAAAUGAGAAUAUGUCAAAUAAAACUAAUUAUAAAUUGAUAACUAUUUAUAAUAAUUUAUGUUAUCAUUAUCCCAAAAUAUGUAUUAUGAAAGGAUUAGUUAUAAUUGUAUUUAUUUUUAUAACAAUAACAUUAUGUUAUAGUAUUUUAAUAUUAUAUAUUCGUGCAAAACGUCAUUCACGUUUACUUGAACAUAAAACAAAUGAAUUAGAAAAAGAAAAAUGUUUAACACAAAAAUUACUUCAUCAAAUUUUACCACCAUGUGUAGCAAAAGAUUUAAUUAAUGGACGAAAAGCACCAGCUGAAUAUUUUGAUUCAGUUACAGUAUAUUUUUCAGAUAUUGUUGGAUUUACUAGUAUAGCAAGUAUGUGUUCACCAAAGGAAACAUGUAAUAUGUUGAAUCAACUUUAUUCUUUAUUUGAUUCACUUUUGGAAAAUUUUGAUGUGUAUAAAGUUGAAACAAUUGGAGAUGCUUAUAUGGUUGUUUCUGGAGCGCCUGUAAGAAAUGGUGACAAACAUCCUAAUGAGGUUGUCAAAAUGUCAUUAAGUUUACUUCGAGGUAAACAACAAGUUCGUGUGCCGCGUACAUCCGCUGAACUUAGGCUACGCAUUGGAAUUCAUACAGGACCUGUAUGUGCUGCUGUAAUUGGAUCGAAAAUGCCUCGUUAUUGUAUGUUUGGUGAUACAGUAAAUGUUGCUAAUCGAAUGGAAUCGACUGGUUUACCUGAACGAAUUCAUUUAAGUGAUGAUACAUAUAAACGACUGAAAAAUCGAGAACAAUAUGUAUUUGAAGAACGAGGUGAAAUCGAAAUUAAAGGCAAAGGUUUAAUGCGUACAUAUUUUUUAUUGAAUCAAAAAACAAAUCAAAAUGAAACAAAAUCACAUUCAACUAACGUGGCUAAUCAAGAUGUAUGA